AUGUGGCGACCACGACGAACACAGGCCGUCGGGAGCAGGGAGGGUAUCCAUCACCUGAUCAGCUCUGUACGUCGCCAGCGUAUUAGUUCCCUGCCAUCAGGCUUCGUAGUCGCAACGGAAAUUGCCUGCCGCUGCUGCAGCUACUCGACCGAGUCCUUUCAAGCCCACAGCGCCGAAACAAAGAAUCCUUCUUGUGUUGUGGGUACCACCCCGACAGAGAGGCACGAGUGGCCGACCGCGCUCGCCACUCCCUCUUCAAUCCCAGCGACAGAGAAAGCGGGCAUCAUUGCGGAAUGGGUGCCGGACGCCUUGGGCUACCAUCUACCGCUUGGUUUGCGAGAGCAAUGGGGACCUUCGUCCAGAGCCAGUCCAACUGAAGCGAGUGGCUUGAAGGCCUCUAACGAUGCUGAGACCCACGGUACAGAGCAUCAAGAGCUUCAGGAAGUGUCAAGCGCCGGACGCCCCUGCGCGAGCAGCCGAGUCGGCGGCGGCGGCGGCCAUCACAGUGGUCACUCCGACGGCCCCCCCUUCUGCGGGCCUCUGCCCAACUUUGCCACGUCACCGGUGUUCGAAUGGAAGCGGUGUCUGUGGCAGUGGCGUCCGGUGAAGAUCACGCCCGCGGUAGGCACGUCACACCAUACGAGCCUCACCGUCACCGUCCCGAUCUCAUCCGGUGGAGAGGGACGACUUUUACGGGGCGAGACGCACUGCAGUGAAGGCGGCGAAAAUGACCUCGCUGAAGGAGAGUUAGGCAAAAGCUCGCAAGUCUACUAUCUUGUGCCAUUUUUGCUUUGUCCGACGCUCGAGGUGCGCACCACUCAGCCCCUCAUGCAUGAUAGCCUGCGAGAGGAACUGGUAGCAGCCCAAAGCGCUUACCAUCACCGGCGCCGGCGUUGGCCAGAGGACGCGAACCAGGACCGUCUCGGCACUCGCCGCUGCCCAACAUACUCUGAGCGCGAGACUCGAUUGUGGUCGAUCACCAUGCCUACUCCCGUUGGUGAGCUCGCCAUCUCCUCCCCAAAGUACGCUGACGGGGAUGACGCGAUCAAGCAGAACACCAUGCUUGAGCUGCCGACCUUCGCAAUGAUUGAAGGCGAGCCCGCGAUGAGGGUAGGAGGGCGUGUCAGAGCUUGCUGUGACUAUGGAACCACCCACCCAGCGCUGCCGGAAGCGCUGCCGGAAGCGCGGACAUGGGAAGCCGCCACGGCAGCCGCACAGGAUGCGCAGAGCACCUCAGCAGGCAAUGCCGCCGUCCCCUACGUCCACGUCUUCGACUCUGAGAUGAGCACUGCGCGCAGCGACUCCCUUCCGUCGCAGACAGGCAUCAAGGCAUCAGAGUCGCCCACGUCCUCCUCAUGCGACGGGUCGCAUCCGACGCUGCCCCUCACGCGUCGCAAUGUUGUGGGUGGGGGACUUGCGGAGCUCAUUCUCGCCGUGGACAGCUACGCUGCCUUGAUCGCGCGCGGUGACUUGGCGCUGUCCACCGCCUGCUGGGCCACGCUCUGUGACACGAAGAACUGGUGGGUCGUGCAGCGCCUGCGCGUGUGCCCGCUGGAGAUGGAGCGUGAGCUGGUCGCAGCCACUGAGGCACACAAACUCUGGAAGCAAUACACCGUUUCACGCAACAGCACCUUGGUGGGCAAGAGCAGCCACGGUAUUUGCUUUUAUGGCUACCCUUCCUUGGCGAAGUGGCCACUUGGCCAAUAA